AUGAUCAAAUUAUAUAAUCUAUUUCACAUACUUGUGGCUCUGCUUCUGAUUCUCAGCCUAUCACAACUAGGUUGUGUGAAUGCUCAGUUUCCAUCUAUUACUGGGUUCAAACAUAAUGGUCCUCCUGUGAUCACAAGUACUGGAAGCAACUUUGGCACACAAGCACUUGUGAUAAAGUUUGGCACACUCACAAUUGAAGUCCCACCAGAAUCAGUGACACCAACAGUGAUCACUGCCAACAUUCCCACCGAAUCCCGAAAUGGCCUACUGUACUUGAUAGUCAACGGUAUCAAUUCCAACAUGAUCCAGGUCGAUCUGACCGCAUACAUCACCAGCCCACCAGUGUCUCUCAGCGUAUUCGGAGGAAAUUUCACGGUCCAAGGUUAUUUCCUCAACUCCUAUCAGUCCAAUGGAGAACAGACCAACAUCUACAUAGUCUAUACCAAUUUUGGUGAAACCUACAUCUUUACUCCGGUUCGCUCGGACAACAACCAGCAGAUGGUAGUCCAGUACCCUCGCGGUGGAGGCAAACUCAGUGGUGCAUUCAUGAUUGAUAAGGUCAACGUUUAA